AUGGCCCGGCGAGCCCACUGCACCAGCUCUGACUUUGGCCUCCAGUACUGCCUCCUUUUCCUUCUAGCUGCUCAAGUAGCAGAUGCUACCACAAUUCAAGAACUUCAGAACCCUGGUGAAUCCCCAACAUCUGAUCAUUUAUCUCCGCCUACUCCAAACGUUGUUUAUAGUACUCCCUCUGACCACACUGCUCUUCAUUUAGGACACAGCCCUCUUGGCCACCCUAAAUCUACAGAAACCCAUCAACCUAAACACCACUGCAAUGCUACACACCAUAUUGGGCCGAUUCACAAACAUAUAGAUAACUCUAAAAGCUGUACAACUCAUCAUGAAGCCACUCCCACAUCUAAACAAAACCCCAGAAAUCAAGGAAAAGACCCCAUUAUCCGGAAUGGACGCUCUGCUGACUCUAAUAACACACAUAAAAAAUUAUCUGAUACAAAAUAUUCAACCACAAAACCCAAGAGUAAAACAACUUGUCAUAAGUCCAAAAUAAGCACUGCAACAGUAAAGGGAAAUGCCUUCAAAACACCUUUGGAAACUACCAUCAUUACAUUAGACAGUGAAAGCACCACAACUCUUUCCCACCACUCAGUUAAAUCAGAGCUCAACAAUAGACCCACAUCUCCCUCAGAAGAAAGCACAACAUAUAAGGCAUCAUACAAGGCAACAAGAACCACGAGAAAGAAAAAAAAAGAUCAUACAGCAACUGCUAAUUACAAAACUACAGUUGCCUCAGAUAAGACACUGAUAAAGACUAGAGAACAAACAAAAGAGACAUCAAGAGCCACUAAAAAGAAUAAACACACACCAGCAAAACCUACGUACCAUGGACAAAAGACCAUUUCAGCCCAGGUGAAGACUACAAGAGCCCCAGCAAUGCUUACAGAACAUAGACAACAGAGCACAUCAGCCUAUGAGAAGAUCACAAAUGAUCUGGUAAUGCCUACAAAUCAUGUACAACACAGCACAUCAGUCCAUAAGAUCUCAAGAGCCUCAGAAAUGACUACAAAACAUGAACAGCACAUAUUGACCCAUGAGAAGAUCACAAAAGCCCUGGCAAUGCCUACACACCAUGGACAACACAGCACAUCGGCCCAUGAAAAGAUCACAAUAGUCCCAGAAAUGCCUACAGACCGUGGACAACAGAGCACCUCGGCCCAUGAAAAGAUAACAAUAGUCCCAGAAAUGCCUACAGAUCAUGGACAACAGAGCACAUCAGCUCAUAAGUUCACAAGAGCCCCAGCAGUGCCUACUGAACAUGGACAGCAGAGCACACUGGUUCAGGAGAAGUUCACAAGAGCCCCAGCAGUGCCUACAGAUCAUGGACAGCAGAACACACCGGCCCAUGAAAAGAUCACAAUAGUCCCAGAAAUGCCUACUGACCAUGGACAACAGAGCACGCCGGUCCAGGAGAAGUUCACAAGAGCCCCAGCAGUGCCUACAGAUCAUGGACAGCAGAGCACAUCGGCCCAUGAAAAGAUCACAAUAGUCCCAGAAAUGCCUACUGACCAUGGACAACAGAGCACACCGGUCCAGGAGAAGUUCACAAGAGCCCCAGCAGUACCUACAGAUCAUGGACAGCAGAGCACACCGGCCCAUGAAAAGAUCACAAUAGUCCCAGAAAUGCCUACUGACCAUGGACAACAGAGCACGCCGGUCCAGGAGAAGUUCACAAGAGCCCCAGCAGUGCCUACAGAUCAUGGACAGCAGAGCACAUCGGCCCAUGAAAAGAUCACAAUAGUCCCAGAAAUGCCUACUGACCAUGGACAACAGAGCACGCCGGUCCAGGAGAAGUUCACAAGAGCCCCGGCAGUGCCUACAGAUCAUGGACAGCAGAGCACAUCGGCCCAUGAAAAGAUCACAAUAGUCCCAGAAAUGCCUACUGACCAUGGACAACAGAGCACGCCGAUCCAGGAGAAGUUCACAAGAGCCCCAGCAGUGCCUACAGAUCAUGGACAGCAGAGCACAUCGGCCCAUAAGAAGAUCACAAGAAGCUCAAGUAAGACUACAGAACACCAAUUAAAGACCACUGUGGCCACAGAGCAAACCAUAGAAGCCUCAAGAAAGCCUAUAGUAGACACAAAGAAAACCACAUCUACCAAAGGGAAGACCAAACCACUUCCAGCAAAGCCUACAGAAAACCCAGCACGAAACACAGCUGGCACAGAGACUAUAAGAUCUCCAGUCAAGGUCACAGGAGACCAAUCUAUCACUACUUCCUCUCCUCAUCCAAAGAGAACUGAGAAUACCCCUCAAGUGCCCAUUGGCUCUUUUACAUUUUCCACAUUCAGCAUGGCAUUGAGUUCUGUCAUAUCAGAAGUCCCAAUCAACAAGAGCCAUCCACACGAGAACAAAGAUAGCUCACAAGGAGGUCUCCAUGUUGGAGAGACAGGGAAGGAUGAUUCAUUCCCUCCAUGGGCCAUAGUUGUUGUAGUCCUGGUGGCUGUGAUUCUCCUCCUGGUAUUCCUUGGCCUGAUCUUCCUGCUCUCCCACAUGAUGCGAACACGCCGUGCACUGACCCACAGCACUGAGGACAAUGAUCCAGAGGAUGAUGGGGGCCCCAAUUCUUACCCAGUCCACCUGAUGGAGCAGCAGACACUUGGUGUAGGCCAGAUCCCUUUCCCACGAUGA